ACUCAAAUUGAGACCGAGACGGACAGUUUGUCAGCCGGUGAGGGAGUGAGGCAGGCAGGCAUGUCGCAAGACGGUGGUGGGCUCGAUGUGUUCCACGGGACAUGUCCAGGACGGCCCUAUUUGUUUCGGUGCCGAUGACAGGAGGGCGGUGCUUCGGUUGCUCAAACAUGGCCUCCAUGAUGGAGCCUCGGCUGCAACUUUAACGUUUUCCUUCGGCUCGCUGCGUUCCCCGAAAGCCAAACGCGAGUAGUGCGGACGCGACGAUUGGCAAUGCGGCCGCAAUUUGCUUUGACUACCGCGCCAAAUAAAUGUGUACUGGCGCUCGGUCAAGUUGUGUGUCAACACAUCGCUUGAGCUUGCCAGCAAGCUGGAGAGGAAAAGAAGCCGGAGACUUGCAUCCAAUCCAAUGCCCUCAGAGGACAGAAGAGCGCCACCUCCUGUCACUCGGGCUGGACGCAAAGCUGCCGAGUUGGCGAAGCGGCCUCGCGGGCGACCUCGCAAAGAUGCUGUAGGCGGCCGCGCUGUACCUCCACCUGCCCCGCCUCCUCCUACAAAAUCCAGGAAGAAGGGGAGGAGUCGAGGCCAAGCCCAAGUGGAGGAUGAAGAAGGCGUGGACACGACUGAGAAAAGGCAGAUGGCAGAGGUGACAACUGGACGCCGUGGCUCCGCCUCCAGGAGAAGAUCCAACACUGAGCCCACCCUGGCUGUCCCAGAAGCUCCUCCAUGCGAACCCCCUCUUCCUUUGGCCCCGCCCCUGACGUCGAUUACUGAAGAGGAGCCGUCUCAAAACGGCGCCAUUGCCCCACCCCCUCCUCCGGACAGCCCCGGCGAUGAGAUGAGCCAAGCUAGUCUGGCCUCCAGCCCCGCGCCGUCAUCCCCCCUGCGCCUGGAGGACGAGGACGCCCCGUCGCCGCUCUUACGACGUUCCGUGUCAGAAGAUUCCGGCUCGCCCACGCCCAGCCUCGGACACACCGAAAAACGCCUGCAGCAGUGUGCCUUCUGUUACCGCGGCGAGCACCCCCCUCUGGGCCAAGGCCCGCUGGUGGUGUUCGGUCCUACGCCGGGCUACAUCCCACUUCACGUCCUCAGCCGCCGAACCUCCUCGGACCGCGACGGCGAUUGUCACGACCACUGCUACCCACGCGGCCAGGCCGUGCACACGAACAGCAGCAGUCCAGCACAGUGUGACGACGAGUCCUCCUUGCAGUUGCUGGAGCAGCUCGGAGCCGUGGGCCUUCCGCACGACAUUGACGUCCAGUCGUUGUUUGACCCCACAGGUCAAUGCUGCGCUCACCUUCAGUGCGCCGCCUGGUCUGAGGGCGUGUGUCGCGGCGAGGGCCAGGCGCUGCUCUACGUGGACAAAGCCAUUGACUCAGGAAGCGCGCAGGUGUGCGCGUUCUGCGGCGGGCUCGGCGCAUCGCUGCGUUGCCGAGAGACGGGCUGCGGGCAGAGCUACCACUUCCCGUGCGCUGCCGCCGCGGGAGCUCAUCAGGACUGGGAGCAGAGACGCACGCUGUGCACGAGACACAUGGUUGCAGAGUCUCGGUCGUGCGUGUUGUGUUCACGCGGCGGUGACGCCGGCGCUCUCUUGAUGUGCUGUUGCUGCGGCAACCAGUACCACGCCAAAUGCUUGGCCCCACCCCUGAAUCCCUCCUCCCUUAUCCGGGCCGGAUGGCAAUGCGCUCCGUGUCGAGCGUGUCAACGAUGCAGGCUACGGGAGGAGACUUCUGUGUUGCUGGUGUGUGCUCGUUGCGAUAAAGCUUACCAUCCACACUGUCUGACUCCUCCACUGGAUCACACUCCUGACAGCAAAUGGACCUGUCAGAAUUGUCGAGUGUGUCGCCGCUGCGGCGUGAGGUCUUCAGGUCGCUGGGCCAAUCAUCCCUUCCUGUGCGUGUCAUGUGACCCAGCUUUGCCUUGUGGCGUGUGUGGCCACACCCUUGACUUUUCCUCACUGCAAGACUGUGUGACAUGCGUCAGCUGCUACAGGUGUGUUCACACCCAGUGUGUUUCCGUCGAGACGGGCGUCGGCGCCACAAAGUGUGACAGUAACAGUUACGUUUGCUCUGCGUGUCAGAGGGCGGAGCCAGCAGCACUCCCAAUAAUCUUACCCAGUCCAGAUGUUCAAAGUCCCACUCUUCCUACGAGUAGUCCUGCUCACAGCCCAGUCCAGUUCUCUAGCUCAACGCAGGCUCAGACUCCAACUGACAUUGCAAGACUGUCGCACGAAAACCCAGUACCUUCUCCAUCCGAUGCCACGGAACCUCCAUCUCCUUCGAGCCCCACAGAGCAAAGACUAUGUCUCGUCUUGUCUCCGUCCGACCCAGCGGAGCUCCAGCAAAGUCCAACAUCAUCUCCUAGCUCCAACGAGCAGAGACUUAGUCUAGUCCUGUCUCCCUCCGACCCAUCGGAGCUCCAGCAAAGUCCAACGUCUUCACCGUCUAGCCCCACGGAGUUACAAGAAAGUCCACAGUCAUCUCCCUCUCAUGCUGCAAAGCCAGAGCAAAAAAGUCCAAAACACACUGCUUCUUACCCCACAGAACUUAGACUUUGUCUAGUACUGUCUCCCUCUGACCCUGCAGAGUUUCAGCAAAGUCCUGGAUCCUCCUCCUCAUCAUCUUCUAAGCCCAAAGAGCUUAGACUGAGUCCAACACAAUCUCCAUCCAACCCUACAGAUCUCCACCCAAGUCCAGAACAGUCUCCCUCGAACGCUACAGUUCAGAGACAAAGUCCACCGGCAUUGCCUGCAAACCUCUCAGUGUUGCCACAGUAUCCAACGCCAUCCUCCUGGACAGAGCUUCGCCAGAGUCCUUCUUUCAGUAGUGAGACGCAGACAAGUUUAGAUCAACAUAGUCCACCACAAUCUCCAUCUGAGGGCAUGGCUCUCCAACCUUUGAAUUAUCAUCAAGCAGAGCUCCAGCCGAGUCCUGUUCUCUCCCUUUCCGACACGACAGAGGUCCCGAAAAGUCGAGUCCCAUCUCCUUCAAACGUCACAGAUCCCCAGCAAAGUCCAAUGCCUUCUCCUUCUAACACAACAACUCUCUUUCUAAGUCCUACACCAUCUCCAUCUAUGGUUGCAGAGAUCCAUUCAAGUCCAGGCCCAUCUUCAUCUGAGCCCACAGAGUUCCAGCAAGGUUCAGUCCCAUCUCUGUCUAAUAACACCGAGCUACAGCAGAGACUGCUCCCAUGCUCUAAAGUCACAGAGUUCCCCCAAAGUCCAACACCAUCCCCUUCUAAUGUCACAGAGCUCCAUCUAAAACCAGUCCCAUCUCCAUUGAAGUUGACGGACAUGCAGCAAAGCUCAGUCCCAUCUCCUUCUGACCUAAAGGUUCUCCAAUUAAGUGCAGUCCAACCUCUGUCUGAUGAUGACACAGAGCUUCAGCAAAAUGCACUCCAAGCUCCAAACAUCACAGAGUUCCAACAAAGUGCAACGCCAUCUCCUUCUAGUGUCACAGAGCUCCAUCUAAUCCCUGUCUCAUCUACAUUGAAGCCCACCAAGGUCCCACUAAGUCCAGUCGCAUCUCCUUACACAAAGGACCUCCAUCUAAGCCCAGAACGACAUCCUUCUAAUGUCACAGCUCUCCAUCCAAGUCCAGUGCCCUUUCCUAACAUCACAGAGAUCCAGCACUGUCCAACAUCACCUCCUUUUAAAAUCACUGAACCUUCACCGCUAUCUCCUUCGAACACAACAGCUCUCCAUUCGAAUCUAGUCUCAUCCCUGAAUUCUACAGAGCUCCAGCAAAGUCCAGUCCUGUCCCCUUCUAACGUCAACGACAUCCUGUGUAGUCAAGUCUCAUCUCCUACUCACGUUGCAGAGAUCCAGCAAUGUCCCACACCGUCUCCUUCCAAAAUAAGUGAACUUGGGCUAAGUCCAGUGCCCUCUUCAUCGAAGCCCACAGAGUUCCAGCAGCCCCACCAAAGGCCAGGCUCACCUCCUUCAAACAUUACAGAGGGCCAGCAAAAUCCAACACCAUGUCUUUCCAACAUCACAGAAAUCCCACAUAGCCCACCACCAUCGCCUUCUAACAUCCAAAACCUCCAACAAAGUCCAAAACCAAUGUUUUCCAAUGUCACCAUGAGCCAUCAGAACCCAUUACCAACUGCUUCCAACGUCCCCACCAUAUCUUCUGAUGUCACAGAGCUCCAUCAAAGUUCAGCAUCAUCUCCUUGCGCCCCAGAGCUCCAUCAAAAUCCAGCAACAUCCCCUAAUAUCACUGCGCUUGAUCAAAGUUCACCAACCUCUCCUUACGCCCCAGAGCUCCAUCAAAAUCCAGCAACAUCUCCUAAUAUCACUGCGCUUCAUCAAAGUUCACCAACCUCUCCUUACGCCCCAGAGCUCCAUCAAAAUCCAGCAACAUCUCCUAACAUCACUGCGCUUCAUCAAAGUUCACCAACCUCUCCUCACGCCCCAGAGCUCCAUCAAAAUCCAGCAACAUCUCCUAUUAUCACUGAGCUUCAUCAAAGUUCAACAGCAUCUCCUUACGCACCUGAGCUCCACCAAAAUCCAGCAACAUCUCCUAACAUCACUGAGCUUCAUCAAAGUACAACAGCAUCUCCUUGCACACCAGAGCUCCAUCAAAAUCCAGCAACAUCUCCUAACAUCACUGAGCUUCAUCAAAGUACUACAGCAUCUCCUUGCGCACCAGAGCUCCAUCAAAAUCCAGCAACAUCUCCUAACAUCACUGAGCUUCAUCAAAGUACAGCAUCUCCUUGCGCACCAGAGCUCCAUCAAAAUCCAGGAACAUCUCCUAACAUCGCUGAGCUUCAUCAAAGUACAACAGCAUCUCCUAACAUCACUGAGCUUCAUCAAAGUUUAACAGCAUCUCCUUACGCACCGGAGCACCACCAAAAUCCAGCAACAUGUCCUAACAUCACUGAGCUUCAUCAAAGUUCAACAGCAUCUCCUUACGCACCAGAGCUCCAUCAAAAUCCAGCAACAGCUAACAUCACUGAGAUUGAUCAAAGUUCAGCAACCUCACCUUACGCCCCAGAGCUCCAUCAAACUCCAGCAACAUCUCCUAACAUCACCGAGCUUCAUCCAAGUUCAACAGCAUCUCCUUACACCCCAGAGCUCCAUCAAAAUCCAGCAACAUCUAACGUCACUGAGCUUCAUCAAAGUUUAGUAACAUCCCCUUCUCAUGGCACACGGCUCUGUCAAAGUCCAGUCCCACCUCCUUCUGUCACAUCUUUAUCAAAGUCCACAGUGCUCCAUCAUAGUCCAGUCCCAUCUCCUUCUACUACCACAAUCACAAGACCAAGUCCAGUAUCUUCUCCAGCAAUCCCCACAGAGCUCCAGCCAAGUCCAUUACCAUCUCCCUCAUCAGAGCUCCAUGAUAAUCCAGUGUUGUUGCCCUCAAAAGCCGCCGAGCAAAUCCACAAAUUCGAAGAACCCCAAAAUAUCCAAGAACCUGUACUGCAACCUCCCCCGCCGUCUCCAGUAGAGCUUGUGAGCAGCCACCCGUCCUCCUUUGAGAGCGCAGAGCUCCACAAAUGUCCUGCUGCGCCCCAGCUUUGUCCAAUUCAAGUCCAAGGCCCACAAGUCACUCACGUUCCUUGGGAACGUAAAGAAAGGCAUAGCAGGUCCCCAAUAGCUAACCUUUGCUCCACACCUCCCCCGUUGCCUUCGGUUCCUUUGGACGUGGAGCAAAACGCUACACGUUUGACCUCCACGCCACUUCAACUUAGUCCCCCAUCCAGCCUUUCCAUAGAUUCGAGCAGGGAGAAGCUUGCAAAAAGUCCGGUGUGGUCUAGUGUGCUGUCCGAGCGAAGCCCGUGCAGGUUGGACGAUGCCGAUGAAGCAAAGCCAGGCCACCCUGCGAGAGAAGCCCCUGAACUGGAACGGGACCUGUCACGGGACAGUAAUUCCCCUGCAUGUCUCGAAUCAAUUGUCUGUAACACUGCCGCUGACGUGCCCGCAACCUCGCCACUUUCCACUCCGCGGAGUGAGCCGUCGAGUCCCCUUGGACAUCCGCCGUCACCCGCACCAGCAAGCCUUGUUCACCAAAGCGAUUCGGUGGACCUUGGCAGCGUCCCUCUUGUCCUUUCUGAGACUGGUACCGUGGAGGAUGUUCCUGGUGACCAAAGCGAUUCUCCCGACCGCACGUGGCAUUGCUCGAAACCGACGCAACAUCGGACUGGAUCCAGUGGUGCUAGUCCUGCCGGCUCAUUUCAGGCGCCGUGCGAAUCGAUGACAGAGAUGACAGACACCGCCUCUGUUGAACAUUCACCAGUCAGGACCUGUCCUUCGGAUCAACUGGGUAGCCCUGUAAUGCCAACAGGCAGCUCUUGCCAGCCAGCCGCCAGCGCCUUGUCAUUGGACGCUUCAUUGGGUGAGCGCCAUGCGGCUGGCUGUGCGCCUGAUCCGAACCCCCCUCGGCUCCCGCUGUCUGGCCGAUCCAGUCCCCUGCCCGUCCCGAAGUGCAGCAAUGCCUUCGAGACAAAGCCUUCCCAUUCCACCGGAGCUCGUCCUACGUACUGCAGACCUGUUGAUGCCAGCUCUGAUAGUCAAGGUCUGAUCACACUUGUCAUGGAGUCCAGCGUCUUCUCCAGCAACCAAAGUUCACAUUCUAGCAGUAGCUCGACUCCACCGGAGGCUGCCGAAAGGUGUCCCAGGAGCCCCACAGGGAGCACAAAUUCCAGCCCCCAAGUGGACACGCAGGCUACUUCCCCAGAGGAGAAUCCACUUCAGCUUGAUUCCGGUCCAGGCGUGACUUUGGAACCUGCACGGACGACCAAAUCUCCAAGUUACCAACCCGGUGGUCCUGCCGCGAGCCAGGCGAGUCCGACUUUCCCGAGACAGUUUCCAGCACCAUUAGGCCCCUCGAACGACAGAGCAGCCGGCAGUUCCACUCGGGCACACGGCGAUAUGCCCGAAACUGGAUGCGCUCGUGAAACGCAAGCGAGAGAGGCCGACUGGAGUCAGCUUUUUCGUCAUGCACAGAGCAUAGAAAGUCCUGAGCAGCCAGAGACUGGUACGGGUUCAGCUCUUCAUCCUCGCCUUCAGUCAGAAACUGGCCCAAGUGAUGCCGGUUCCACUUCUGCCGUCUCGUCUGAGGCGGAGUCCACCUCCAGUAAGACAGUCACCACGGACCAGGAAACACCUCUCCACUUGCACCAGUACCUUCCUGACAAGUCAGAAGGAGUACCGGACCAGGCGGAAAAUGAGCAGCACAUGCUAGAGGAGGAAAAUGCGGAGCAGAUGCAGGAGGAGAAUAGGGAGCAGCAGGAGGAAAAUUUAUUGCAGAACCAGGAGCAGCUCAGGACUUUAAGAUGCCUACCGUCAGGUACGGAGCAGGCAGUUAGUUCAAAUAACCUCCAGAAGGAAGCUGACGAUAGCAAUGUUUUCCAUGUCUCCCUAGGAGUCCAUCCAUCAAGCGGUGAGCCCGCUGCAGCCUCCCCCUUCUUCUCCGCUCCUCCCUCGCCGUCGUCGCCCUCACCUAGCGCUUCCCCUCCGCCGUGGCCAGACAUCUCCUCAGCGGCGUCCCCUCCCCCCAGCGUGGAGCCCGACUGUUCCUCGGAAUGGCCACGAGAAGACUUCCGGGAGAUGCUCGAAGCCACCAACGAUGCUGCCCCAUCCCGGGCCGGCUCAUCAGAGAGGGACGACGCGGUCGCAAUGAAGCCAAGACGGGAGGAGAGCGACAGCGGCGGGGAGGCAGCGGGCGGGCCAGAGCCUUCUUUCGACUCGGAGGUGAUGACGCUGAUGAGCUCGUUGUCUCCAAGCGCCUCCCUCAGCCCUCGCCCCCUCCACACGCGGAGUCUCAGGCCUCCUCCUCGCUCGCUGCCUCCAACGGACGAACUGUCCAUCCGACUCAGGCAGUCUCCGUUCUCCACGGAGGCCUCGCCUGAGACCUCGCCCGUCAGGGUCCCGCUCACCCCGCCGCCCCUCUCCCCUCCUUCGCCCAGCUUCAGUCCACCGUCCAGGGAGUUGCCGCCCCUCUGCAAGACCUCACCGUCGGCGUCCGCGGUCAUCCCGCUCACCCGUAAGAUCGGCAUGGGCAAGCCCGCCAUUACCAAGAGGAAGUUCUCCCCUGGCAGGUCCCGCGUGCGGCAGGGUUCGUGGUGGAGUAACACGAGGCCGGUGAGCCCCCACUCAUCCUCCCAGGACUCUGUGGGCGAGGGAGGCCAGGACAGCCCCAAGUCCCGUCAAGCGGACUCGCCGCUCUGGAGCAUGAGAGUGGGUCGUGGCUCAGGCUUUCCUGGAAGGAGGAGGUCUAGAGGAGGAGGAGGUGCGGGAGGAGGACGGGGGGGACGAGGAAGAGCUCGGCUCAAGACGCAGGACUUUGUGUCUGUGUCGCCUGCGUACGGCUUUGUGGAGUCGGUCCCGCCCAAGGAAGAGGAGGAGGAGAACUCCAUGCACAACACGGUGGUCAUGUUCUCUACCUCGGACGUCUUCACGCUCCAACAGGACAUGUGCGUGGUGUGCGGCAGCUUCGGGCGCGGCGCGGAAGGUCGCCUGCUGGCGUGUUCCCAGUGCGGCCAGUGCUACCACCCGUACUGCGUCAAUGUCAAGGUCACUCGGGUCAUCCUGACCAAGGGCUGGCGCUGUCUGGAGUGCACGGUGUGCGAGGCCUGCGGCGAGGCCACCGACCCCGGCCGGCUCUUGCUGUGCGACGACUGCGACAUCAGCUACCACACGUACUGCCUGGACCCGCCCCUACACACCGUGCCCAAGGGGGCCUGGAAAUGUAAAUGGUGUGUUUGGUGUGUCCAGUGUGGUUCGGCCUCCCCCGGGCCGCACUGCGAUUGGCAGAGCAAUUACAGCCACUGCGGCCCGUGCGCCAGUCUCACCUGCUGCCCCCUCUGCCAGAGAGCCUACGCUCACGACGACCUCAUUCUGCAGUGUCAGCAGUGUGACCGGUGGGUACAUGCAGUUUGUGAGGGUCUGGCCACCGAAGACGAGGCGGAGGACACCGCCGACGAAGGUUUCGACUGUUCGCUGUGUCGAACGCACAGUCGCGUCCCGUUGGGGAGGCCCGAUAAUUUGGACAUGGCUCAGAUCCUCUCCAGGAGCCGCGAAGCAGACACCAAGACGUACAGUCAGGAUGGCGUAUGUCUGACCGAGUUGGGCCUCUCUCAGCUGCAGUCGCUGGUGGAACCUUUGACCUCAGCUCGCAGGUACCGCAGGUACAAACCCAAACUGAAGCUGAGGAUCAUUAACCAGAACAGCGUGUCCGUCCUGCAGACUCCACCCCACCCAGACGCAGGUCACCUGGAGUGUGACCUCAAGUCGGACUCCAGCCCUGAGAGAGAGCACGCCCUCGAUGAUGAUGUCAGCAAAGACGUGACCAAGAGGAAGAGGAAGCCAUACAGGCCAGGCAUCGGCGGCUUCAUGGUGCGGCAGCGCGGCGGGAAGGCGGGAGGCGCUGCUGUUAAAUGCGGCGGCGAGCAACCUUCCGGCCAGACGCCGCAGGCAGACGAAGACGGAGCCGAGCGCACCGCAGACAAGGCGAAGAAGAGAUAUAGAAAGAAGAAGACCAAGCUGGAGGAGGCCUUCCCGUCUUAUCUACAGGAAGCCUUCUUCGGUCGGGAUCUUCUGUAUCGUAUCCGUCAAGUGGACCAGAGGAUGCUCUCGGAGGCGGCGAGGAUCAGCCAGUCAGGAGCGGUUGACACCCCUUCUGGAAAGCUGAUCAAGGCAAAGCAGGAAAGACUCUCAGGCCCGGACAUCGGCUCCGUGAUCCACGACCCCUUGCUGACCUCUGAGCCGACAGGAAGCGGCGGGCGAGGUCAGAAAGCAUUGCACGAGGAACCUCUGGACGCCAUCCUAAACCCCGAGCUGGACAAGAUGGUGACGGACGGUGCCCUCCUCAGCAAACUGCACAAGAUUCCAGAGCUGGAAGGGAAAGACGUGGAAGACCUUUUCAUCGCUGUGCUCAGCCCAGACAGCAGCCAGCAACACAACCAAUACACGCACACGGGCGCACGGUUGACUGCGGCGCGACCCUCAGCAGGCUCCGGCGCAUUUCCUCGUCUGGCUCUGCUGAACGGCCUGGCGGGCCACGCUGCCAACCCGGACAAGUCGGACACCGUGCCGGGGGGUCCGGUCUGCGGCGGCACCCCUUGCCCGCCACAGGGUAAUCAGGCGGCGGCAGAGGGCGAGCACGACGCCAUGUCGACGGCUCAGAGGAGUAUGAUGAAGUGGGAGAAGGAGGAGGCUCUCGGGGAGCAGGCCACUGUCGCGCCCGUGCUCUACUGCAACACCAACUUCCCCCAGCUGAGGGAGCACUACCCUGAGUGGUCAACGAGAGUCAAGCAGAUCGCCAAGCUGUGGAGGAAGGCGAGCUCGCAGGACAGAGCGCCGUAUGUGCAACGGGCGCGGGACAACCGGGCGGCUCAACGCAUCCACAAGGUCCACAUGUGCGGCGAGCCUCCGAAGCGCACGCAUCCAUGUCCACCGCCACCCCAGGGGCCCUAUGACACCGGCUGCCCGGACGCCGCCGACUCAGCUCUCAGGGAUCCGUUCAGGCCCAGAGAGUCAGAGCAGGAGCAGGAGUGGAGGUUGAGACAGGGAGAGGUAAAAGACAGAUGGCGAGCCGGUAAGAAGAGGCAGGAAAAUACAGAUAAAGAUUGUCCCUUCCAGGCAUCUGUAGCAGGAGGUGGCAAAGAGGCUCUGCAAAUGCGGCAGAUGAGCAAACAAAUGGCCAAGAUAGAAGCCAGUCAAAAGCUGGAGCAGGUAAAGAGCGAGCAGCAGCUGCUGCUGCAGCAGCAGCGGCAGCUCUUGGCCAAUCAGCGGCCGGACGCCUCGCCGGAUGCACGCCCACGUCACCACCUCCUCCAAGGCUCGUCGCUGGCUGAUGACGUCUUUCUCAGACCGCAAGCGCCACCGCCUUCCGGAUGCUCGUCACUUCCGCACUCCCCCCGCUCCCCUCACUCCUCCUCCUCCCCCCUCCAGCAGCUCCCCAACUCCCCUCAGAUGUUCUCCCCUCCAUCGUCCCGUCCGGCCUCUCCCUGGGACCCUUACAGCAAGCCGGUGGGGACCCCUCGGCCCAGCUCCGUUCAGCACUGCCCCCCCCUCAGCAUCUCCCCUGCUCGCGACACCUCAGGGUCUCCAGCGCCAUCACCCGAUUUCAAAGCCUCCGAUGCUUCCCGCGCACUUGCACUCCAGUCUGGUCCGCAGCACAGCAAAGCAGCUAUGAAGAGCCCCCCCUCGGCCUCACCGGUGUACCACAGGUCUCUGGUCCAAGGGGGCACCUUUAAAGCCCCCAUGGCCCCCCAAAACCAGCUGCAGCAGGACACUUUUUGUGUCAUGGCGCCCGGAGCCAGGAGGGAGCCAUCUAGACCGGCAGACCUCGGCCUCCCGCAGUCUCAGGACCCCGCCUUUCAUUCGGGGAUGGGCUCCCCUCGGCGCGGCCCAUACGCCCCUGCGCCAGGCACCCCCAGGUUGGACUGCAACCUCCCAAUGGCCCAGUCCUUGGUCCAGCAGUCGUCUUUGCCCGAGGCCUACACCAACCCUUCGAGCUCGUAUCUCACGAACGCCCCGCCGGCGCUACGCCCCGACCACUUGAAGAUGGCGAGCGCCUCACCUUCCCACCACGUGUCGGAACCCCAUCCCCCCCUUCCCGUGCACUUCACUCGAUCGCCGGGUGGCACCGUGACCUCCGACCCCUACGCCAAAGCUCCUGGGACGCCGCGCCCCUCGCCGGACCAUUAUGCCCAGCGACCCUCCUCCCCCGACCUUCAGAAGCCCCUAGAAGCCCUCGGGCAGACCCUAGUGGAGACCUCGGCUUCUCAACUCAUGAGAUCUCCGCUCGGCGGGGAGACAGCGACCCGCAAGCAGUCGCAGCAGCGGGACUCCUUUGUCGGGACGUCCGGGAGGAGCCUGGCCCUGGAGUGCGCCGAGACGUCCGAGCACAGGACGGCGGCAGCUCACGUGCGCUCCGGAGCCUCGCCGACCGACGAGACGACAACCGGCGACGAGACUUCGUUGGGAGGACCAAUGGCCUUGCUCCCGCAGCUCGGCGACUCAGAGGAGAAGCUGAGACAGGAUGCCGAAACGUCUGCGCUCGUGCAGCGUCAGAGGCUGCGUCAGCUCAUCCUGAGGCAGCAGCAACAGAAGAGCGCCCUGCGGCAGGAGAAAGGGCUACGGGAGGCCGGACCCUCACCAUCCAUACUUGCUUCCGGUGUGCCGACACCCCAUCGCUGGCCCGACGCGCCACCGAGGGACGCCUUGGGACGGCCUCCGCCGCCUUACCCCGGCACGCCGCAUUUGCCGGGAGAACAGCUGCGAGGUCUGACCUCCACCAACAUGGCUCCGUUUCCCCUGCAGAGAGGAAUGCCCUUGAGGUUUUUUCCGCAAGACUCUUUCCCGCGUAGCGACGCCGGAGGAGGAGCUCCUGCCGUCGCCCCCGCCCAAUUGAGGAAGCCGCUUCCCAGUGAGCUGAUUGUCAUCCGUCCGCUGACCGCCGCUGGCCCGCACCCUCACGCCUUGUCAGCCGCCCCCCAGGCCUUUCCCGUCCCCUGCGCUCUCCCCGUGCAGCAACACAGCAUCUUGGGUCAACCCUACAUCGAGCUUCGCCAUCGCGCUCCAGAGAACCGGCUGAGAAUGCCCUUCUCCCCCGCCGCCGAGGAGGCCCCGCCCGGCACGCGCCUGGGGGAGACUGCGGUCGGCCAGCCUGUGCUCCUGAUGGUGCAACUGAACCAGCAGGAUCAGCGGAACCUGGUCCACUCUGCGGCGCCGGCCCUGGCUCAGGGCCAUGACGUGGCACUCCAGGGGGCCGAGGGCAUCGAGGAGCACUUGGAAGGCGUGGAGUCGGCUGUCAAAGAUCUGGAAGACGUGGAAGUGAAAGACCUAGUUGACCUCAGUCUCAACCUGGAUCCCGAAGAUGGCAAAGAAGACUUGGACCUGGGUCCGAACGACCUCCACCUCGAUGACUUCCUGCUGUCGGGGAAGUUUGACCUGAUCGCUUACGCUGACCCCGAGCUCAACCUGGAGGACAAGAAAGACAUGUUCAAUGAAGAGCUCGACCUGGGGGAGUCUGUAGGCGAGCUGAAGAAGGUGGCACCCCGAAAGGACAGCCUUGUCGACUCUGCGGUUCUGGUCAAAGAAGAAAAUGAAGAGGGUGUCCAGGCGGAUCCUCCAAACCGGUCUGCUCCCCUUCCUCCGCCUCCUCAAAAGAUUCCUGGACCGGAUGGAGCCUUUGGACUAACUGCGGCAGCUUCUGGGGCUGAGGGCAAGUUGGGGCAGUCCAUUUGUGGUUCUGGGCUUUUGCAGGCCAAUGUAAAGGCUCCACCUUGUGCCCUGACCCCGGCGCUGGCUCCAGGUCCGCAGUCCGGCUUCCGGCAGAGCGUGGCGGGACCCUCAUCGGCUUACCUGGCUCCUCAUCCGCCGCCCUCUCGGCAAACUAGCGCUCCUCACGCUCCUCUGGGGCUGCCUCUUGGCUCCGGGCCUCACUCGCUGUCCCUCCAACUCUCCCAGCCUUGCCCGCUCAUCAGCCCUCAAGCUCAGCCCCUUCAGCCACCGUGCUCCAGAGAGGAAGUGUCUCCUCUGGGCCAGGACCUGAGUCAGAGCAAUGGCAAACGUCUCCUCCUGGAGGAGCAGCCUCUCCUGCUGCAGGACCUCCUGGACCAGGAGCGCCAGGAGCAGCAGCAGCAGAAACAAAUGCAGGCCCUGAUCAGGCACAAGUCUACCCCGGAGCCCGGAAUCCCGGAUCUGGUGGACUUUGACUCCGUUUCGGACCCCAUCAUGAAGGCCAAGAUGGUGGCUCUGAAAGGCAUCAACAAGGUCAUGAGCCAAGGCAGCCUGGGCCUCAACAACAUGGUCAUCAACAGGUUUCAUCAGGCUCCAGCCGCCGCCACUCCUGAGGCCACAAGUCAGCCCCCUGCUCCAGUGGCCCAGGGCGCCAACUUGAACGCUCAGCUGGCACGGCCCAACCCACCCAGCCUUGGACCCGGCUUCGUCAAUGACUCUCAGAGGCGUCAGUAUGAAGAGUGGUUGGGGGAGACGCAGCGGCUCCUGCAGAUGCAACAUCGCCUCCUGGAGGAGCAGCUCGCCGCCCACCGCAAGACCAAGAAGGCGCUGUCGGCCAAACAAAGGACGGCCAAGAAAGCGGGUCGCGAGCCGGCCGAGGACGACGCCGCCCAGCUACGCUACGUUGUCGAGCAGCAGGCCGCCGUCCAGAAGCAGCUGGAACAGAUCCGGAAGCAGCAGAAAGAUCACACGGUGCUCAUUGAGGACUACAGGAGCGGCCAGCGGCAGCAGAGGGCCCCCCCAACGUCACCCCCUGCCGUGCUGCCCCAAAAUGCGCCACCUUUACCGAGCGGCGUUCAGAAGGUCCCCCCCACUUGGUCGGCGCCCCUGAUGACGCCCGCCCUCCCGACGGUCCCUCAAGCUCCGGCCACGGUUCCUGGGCUCCCGGUUCCGGCGUCCGGUUUUGCCUCCGGUGGCAUCGGGGGAGCUGAUUUAUCGGUCCCGACGCCUCAGGUCAAAUUUGAUGACAACAACCCCUUCAGUGAGGGUUUCCAGGAAAGGGAAAGGAGGGAAAGACUGAGAGAGCAGCAAGAGCGACACAGAGUGCAACUCAUGCAAGGGGUGGAGCGCCAUCGGCUGUUGCAGCAGCACAGGCUGGAUGCGGACCAGCAAGGCGGAGCACGGCUGUGUCCCGCAGGGCCGGCAGUCGCCACCGGGUCCCUUGGCCCAGCCCCCGCCGAAGACGCUCUCUCCCAGAUAGCCUUCUUCAGUUCCGAGCUGCCCCAGGACUUCCUCCAGUCUCCCCCUGGCGCCCGACCACCUGCGCCGGGGGCCCAGGCGGCAGUACCGUUCCCUGCGCCCCAGCAGGGCUUUACCGGAGGACUGCACCCGCACGGGGCCGGCAUCUCCCCGGAGCGAGUCGCGAGGGUCUUGCCCUUGGAGGUGGCGCAGACUAAAGCGAGGCCCGCCGAAAGUCCAGCUCAGGUCCGCCCGUUGGGCACCCCUCCGACGCCGCCCAGUCAAGCCGCUCAAGGCCAUCAUCCGUUCAGCCCCGACUCGGCCUUCUCCUCGCCAUCAACCGCCCUCUGCGCCCCCUUCUCCUCGUCCUCCCUCUCUCAGCUCUACGCCGACAUCCUGCCCGAUGACGGCCCCAAAAGGAAAAAGAGGAGCAGCGUCAACCGGGACGGUGGUGCCGGGACGCCGCUGUACGCUCACUCUGACAACAUCGCAGACUCGGCCGACACGUCCUGUUCCACCCCCGCACGGGGCGGCGCCGAGCCGACUGACUCUAACUUUCCCUCGUCGGCUUUGGCGCCGUCCUUGGAGCUGGAGAGGCAGCUGUCUGUGUGCUCGACGGCCCGGGAGAGAGGCGCUCUCACGGGCGCAGACCGUCCGAAAGGCCUCCUGCGCGGGAGCCGCGUGGAGGUCAAGGAGGAGCGCGAGGAGCAGGGCGAUCCGGUCCAGUCGCAGUGCGCCUCCCCUCUUCACGACCCCGGGAAGGAGCUCCUCCGCCACCUGCUCAGAGAAAAGGCCUCGCCCCAUCAGACGCCAUCGCCCGGCACCCACGGCCCGCUCACCAUCUCUGGCGAAAGCCUGCGCUCCGAGGAUGAGGACGGCGGCGCAUUCCACGACAACGUGUCGACGUACGCUCUGAUCUCAGACGUCCUGGACUCGUCGACCAGCAAGAAGCUCUGCAAGCGAGCGGCUGCGCGGCCCGACAAAGACAAAAAUCUGAGCAAGUGCAAACGGAGGCGACGAGAGGACGAGGACGCUCUCGACUGCUCGUCUUCUCCCUCGGAGCGGUCGGUGACGCACCUCACGCAGCUCUCGGCGCUGCCCCUGAUGGAACCCGUUCUGGUUCUGGACCUGAGCCCUUUCCCCCCGUACGGCAGCUCGUCUUUGGGCCGAGUCUCCAGGUUGAGCGGCUCCUUCGGCAAUGCCUGCCUGGACGGAGUGGCCGACUACUACGCGCAACUGGCGUGCAAGAACAUCCUGGGAAACCCCCCCACCCCUCCGGCCUCGCUGCCGCCCACCCCCCCUCCGCAGAAGCUGCUCAACGGCUUCGCCACAGCGGAGGAAGUGAGCAGACAGGACAGCGAGCGCACCGCAUCUUGCGAUGGUCCAAAAUGCGGCGGUGGUGCCGUGGGGCCUGACCUCGCCCCGUCCGGUGCGCCAGUCAAAUCCAAGGGCGAAGCGCUCCGGCGGGCCGCCCGGACUGCCGACGUCGAUGUGCCCGCUUCCCUGCCCACGCCGCCCCACAACAAUCAAGAAGAGCUACGCAUCCAUGACUCGUCUCCGUGCGGCAGCCCGGACGGCUUUGUUCCAUCCUCGUCCCCCGAGAGCACGGUUGACGCCGAGGUCAGUAGGUAUCCCGACCUUUCGUUCGUCAAGACGGAGGCCCUGUCCCCCUGCCCGUCGCCACCGAUUCCCAUCGUGCCCUGCUCCUGGGGCAAAGGCUCUGCGCUGAAGCGGGAAGUCAAGACGGAGGCCGGUCAGCAGGCUCCUCCCUCCUGCUCCGACGCAGAUCUGGUUCCCAUCGCCAUCACCUUGAACUCGACCGCCUCGCAGAAUGUUCUCAGAGUUAUGGCAGCGGUGGCAAAGCUGCUGCGGUUGCCCGCCCCCAUCAACUACCAGCUGAGUCGCGCUUCGCUCGUCCCGCCCGCCCUGGUGGCCGGAGUCUCGGUGCCGCUGCCUCAGGCCUCAGCAAGCAGCAUGCAGCAGAGGACAGUGCCACCAACUGGUGCCAGGUUGGACUCGAUCCAACACAACGUGGGCAGCGCUCCCGCCGUCUCCAUCCCGCCGUCGUGUGGCUUCUGCAAAGUGUUGCUGGGCAACGGAGUCCGCAAAAUCCAAGAGGCCAAGCAGGAGGGUGGAUCCAGUCUGCUGUUCUGCAGCCCCACCUGCUCGGCACUCUACUCGUCCGGACCAAAGGCGGCAGAGUGCGCCGCUCCGCUCCAUCCUCAACACCGCUACGCCAACAACAUGUCGUCCUUCGCCGUCCACGCGCUCCCCGCCACACCACUGACCCCCUCCCGGACUGCCGCCGCCUCCCCGCCCCCCCGCUUCCCUUCUGCUUCUGCCAUCACUAUGGAGACCAAACCCCGCCUGGACGGCCUCAAGGUGAAGGUGAAACUAAAGCCCCACCCCCACGCCUUCUCCGAGGCUGACUGUCAGCGCGCUAAGCGAACGAAGAGUUUGCGCUGGCGCCGCUGGAAUGUCAACGUGGCUCUGACCAGCAGGGGCCCCGUUUCCGACAAGGCUGUCGCCGUGCCGACCGAGGAGGAAGCGGAUGUGUUGUUGAAGAAGCUGGGGGCGUGUCUUCGGCCCGACCCCUUUCCCGCGGACCAGCGCAGGUGUUGCUUUUGUCACCAGCAGGGCGACGGAGAAACCGACGGAGCCGCCAGAUUGCUCAACCUGGACUUGGAUUUGUGGGUGCACCUGAACUGCGCUUUGUGGUCCAGCGAGGUGUACGAGACUCAGGCGGGCGCUCUGAUCAAUGUGGAGUUGGCGCUGCGCCGGGGUCUGACGCUGCGAUGCGCCCAUUGCCAGCAAACGGGCGCCACCAGCGGCUGCAACCGGCUGCGCUGCACCAACACCUACCACUUCACCUGCGCCAUCAGGGCACACUGCACCUUCUUCAAGGACAAGACCAUGCUGUGCCAGCUACACCGGCCCACGUUGUCAGGCCCGCCCCCCGAGCCCUGCGCAUGGCCGCGCCACCCCUACGACUCGGAGCUGCGCUGCUUCGCCGUGUUCCGCCGUGUGUACGUGCAGCGGGAUGAGGCGCGGCAGGUGGCGGCCAUGGUGCAGCGCGGCGAGCAGCGGCACAGCUUCCGCGUGGGAAGCCUUCUCUUCUGCGCCGUGGGCAGGCUCCUGCCGCGCCAGAUGAGCGCCUUCCACGACCGUACCGCCAUCUUCCCCGUUGGCUACCACGCCAACCGCAUCUACUGGAGCAUGCGCCACAGCAACAGGCGCUGCAAGUACAUGUGCUUCAUCGAGGAGCAGGAGGCGCGGCCGUUCUUCAAAGUCAAGGUGGUGGAGAACGGCUACAACGACCUCGUCCUUACGGCGGCCACGCCCAAAGGCGUGUGGGACCAGAUUCUGGAACCGGUGGCUCGGCUCAGAAGCUCCAGCGGAAUGCUCAAACUCUUCCCGGACUUCUUGAAAGGAGAAGACCUCUUUGGACUCAGCGCUUCGGCCGUCUGCAGGAUCAUCGAGUCGUUGCCAGGCGUGGAGGCAUGCGAACGCUACACCUUUCGUUACGGCCGCAACCCGCUGAUGGAGUGGCCGCUGGCCUUCAACCCGUCCGGCUCGGCGCGCUCAGAGCCCAAAGUCAGCCAGGCCAAGAGGCCAUACCUGUUGACCAGCAUGGCUCCGCGGUGCCAGGGCUCGGUGGGCUCCAUCGUGGGCGCGGUCCCGGGCGUAAUCUCGCUGUCGCCAGGCGAGACUGUGGCGGGCACUCACCAGGGGCGCCACUCCAAGCUGGCGCAGUACCGCCGCAUGAAGGCCGAUUGGAAGACUAACGUCUACCUAGCGCGCUCACGCAUCCAGGGCCUGGGGCUGUACGCCGCCCGGGACAUCGAGAAGUGCACCAUGGUCAUCGAGUACAUUGGCGCCAUCAUCAGGAGCGAAGUGGCUGACCGCAAGGAGAGACUCUACGAGAGUCAGAACCGAGGCGUGUACAUGUUCCGAAUCGACAACGACUACGUGAUCGACGCUACCAUCACUGGAGGACCCGCCAGGUACAUCAACCAUUCGUGUGCGCCCAACUGUGUGACGGAGGUGGUGAGUGUGGAGAAAGAGAACAAGAUCAUCAUCAGCUCCUGCCGACGCAUCCAGAGGGGAGAGGAGCUGUCCUACGACUACAAGUUUGACCUGGAGGACGACCAGCACAAGAUUCCCUGUCACUGUGGCGCCUUCAACUGCCGCAAGUGGAUGAACUGAGGUUUGAUUGGCGGGCAGGCAGGCAGGCGACCAAGAGGCUGGUCCUCUGCGUGUAAAUGUGUACAAAGAGCAGAAGAUGAUUUUGUUGCAAAGAUUUUUUGCUUUGAUUUUUGUAUUUAUUACUGAAAGAACUUAUUUUCUAAUAGCACUCCUUUGCGCCGGGUGCCGAGUGGCAGCAUGUAAAUAGUCCAGCAAAAAAGAAAAA